CCUUGUUCCGCCCAACAGAGAACGACCGUCCCCUGUAAGCGAACGGCCGUUGUAAACGUCAAGUGCGUACGGUAUAAACUCCACACGCGGCUCCCUCGUCACCUCGCGUACCGAAUUCGUGGUACAAUAAUUCGCAAUUUCAUAUGCAAAAUAGUGAAUUGCACUUGCACCAGUUGCGCUCGGCCGCGUGUACGUUUCGGCUGUGUUUGUGUGCGUGCGUGUAUGUGUGUGUGUUUGUGUGUGUGUCUGUAUUUUCAUAUCCGUGCUAACGGGUCAUGAUUUGCAUUUGCAUCGAGUUCGUGCCCCAUAACGCGUGUGCAGUGGCGUGAGCAAAAAGAGAGUAUCGCCAUUUAGUCCCAUUACUUCAUUUCGGCGUGGCCUUCGCGGGUGAAUGUGGUGUUCCAGCUCACCGUUUCCAGCUGGAAAGGUGGGGAAGUGAUCGGGUUUUUUUUCGUAUUCUCCUUUUUUAUCAGUGAAACUGAACCCUCCCUCGCGGUUGACGCGGUUCCGAUACACAUCCGGUCGUUUGCUCCCCGGAAGCCGAAAGAAUGUGAGACAAAACUCUUCGGUGCUUCGGACGGUUGUGCGUGGCUUUAUACCGACAAGGCAACAAUGAUAUAAAGUGCGUCAGUAGUGUGACUAAUCAAACUUAUAAAAGUGGUACAAAGUGGCAGAAAAAAAGAAUCCAAAGUGUUGAUUUUAAAGUGUGUAAAAAAAUCCUUUCGAAAAAAAAGCUUAAAACAAACCUCAAUUAGUUGAAAAAUUUAUUACUACCCCGCUUGACAAGCAAGUGACAAGCGAUAAGUGCAUUGGAAAACGGCUAACAAUAAGGGUGCUAUCGGCGGCUAACGAGCAAGUGCCACGGGCGCGUGUUGUGCUGUCGUGUGUCGUGCGACAUGGUGAGGUGCAUCGUGGCUGCAGCGGGUAGCUGUGGUGGCAGUGGGUCACCCCAACGGUGAACACCGGUCGUCGCAGUGGCCCCCCAGAAUGUGUCCAGUGGUGCCGCGGGGGCCAGCCGAGCGUACGGGCUCAUACUAAUGCUGCUGACUUCACUGCUCUCGUCGGCGUGUUCCCUAGCGGUGCCAUCGGCGGCACAGAAACACUUCGCAUCCGGCGGCGAUCAACACGGCACACUGCCGGCCUCGACAUCGUCAACCACACUCGCAUCCCCGUCAACCGCCACGGUUCCGAUCGUACGUCCGGCGCAUCCAGCGGUGGCGGCCUCCCUAACGCUGCUCCACCAACAUCAUCACGACCGGAAGCAACAUGGCCACCGGCGACCAGUUGACCCGGCUCACGGCACCACGGAGAAUGGCGGUGAGGGAGCGCAUCCCGAUCUGUACAAUCUGACACUGACGGCGAUGCGCCAGUAUCUGCGCAACCAGCUGAAUGCGUCCCGAUUGGGGAAGGCACCACGCAAACGGUCGCACGUGCACGUGGACGCGGUGGAUGUGGAGUUCUACCGACGGUUCAAGGAGUUCAACACCAGCCAGGCCGUGCUAGAUGGAGUCGCGAACCAUUUGGCGACGAUCGUCACAAACAGCUCCCAGUUUGGUCAGGAAGCUUCGCUAGUACCGACUGUGAAGGAGGUGACCGAUACGAUGGAUCCGGAUGAACCGUUGGCAAUUGUCACGAAUGUCACGCCAGAACCGUCACCGGUAACGUCAUCGUCAACGGCUCCGUCAGCCGGCACCGGUCAGCGUGAUUACAGCGUACUCAUGGAUGAUCCGCGUGGCUACAUCACCGUAUCCUCCUCGUUUCCGCUCCGGCCGGGUAAAUCGUCCACCACAUGGAAUACCACCUUCGCCCAGCACAGAGGUUAUAUCUACGGCUUGGUGUCAUUCUCAGUGAUUUGCGCCUUGGUGCUCGGUUUGUUCGGAGUGUUUCGCUGUCUGCGCGCGACGACCACCACGCGAGUAACCACCGAAGCGCUGACGCUGCCGAUCCAGUUCAUCGCCGACGAUCUUGCUCCUCUAAACGCCAACUUGAACCACCUGCCGGUACCCAUGCUAUCGGUACAGUCACCGGGCUGCGCGGGGAUGGAGCGGCUCGGCGUUCCUGCCCGCGGUUCCAUCGGAUCACCACCAAUAAGGAAUGAACGGGCGGGCUUCCAUCACCAACAGCAGACACAGCAGCAGCAAUCACAGCAACAUCAGCAGCAGCAACAGCAACAGCAUCCGCAGCAACAUCAACCAUCCAACCAGCAAAACCACCACCGCCAUCACCAUCACCAGUAUCAUCAGCAAACGUCACCGACGGAUCAGCACCUAAGGUUUAGCAGCGAUCUGAUACUGAGCAGCAGCACCAGUAGCAACUUUCGGAGUAGCAACCACAAUCAAUCCUAUCUUCUCAUUCCGCAUCAAACGAACGCACUAGGUGGUAGUGGCGGUGGUGGUGGUAGCAGUGGCAGUAAUAGCAUCAACUACAAAACUCACUACAGCAAUAGUUCGUACGGUGGCAGUAGCAUCGGUAGCACCGGUACCACUAAUCCCAUCACCACCAACUUCCCGCACUGCACCUACCAUGUGCCACUGCCGGACGGAGAAUAUGGACCGGAUCGAGAUCUGCAAAUAAGAACACCGUGCCAGCAAUCGGAAAUACCUCGAACGUACGUAAAAGCCCCACCGAAUAAGACCGUUCGCGAUGUUCCCGUACAGUAUCAGUCCACGGGUGGGAUCACGACGCACGGUACCACCAUGACCGCCGGUAUCGGUACCGGUCACGUCAACUCAAUGGUCGAUCUAGCCAGCUACUACGGUGGCCCAAAGACAAUCGGAAGACCGGCCGACGGUGGUCGGCUGGCAGCGACUGCUCCCGGUCCGAGCUUAGGUGGGAGCGGUACCUGUCAGCAGAAAUCGGUGGACAAACUUCAGAAGAUUUUCCGGUUUUUGCCAGGUAAAGCGACUAAAUCUUCUACUCCAUCAUCAUCUUCGUCCUCGUCGGCGUCAUCCGCGUCGUCGUCCUCUUCUUCUUCCUCCACCUCCUCAUCCAGUAGCAGUGGUAUUAAAAGUACUAGUAACAUUAACAACAAUAAUAAUCAUCAAGGGGCGUGCGCUAGUUACGGUGGUUUGCAACCACCGGCCCCCCAUCCGGGUGUACUGCCGGGUAGCCACAGCAGCAGCACCGGCAGUCUCAACAACAACAACGGUGGCAGCAAUGGCGGCCCGAUCGUCGGUGGCGGUGGAGCCAUUGCCAGUGGUAGCGUCAUAAGUAGUAUAAGCGGAUCCUAUGGACCUAAUAGCGUUAGUAACAGCAUUGGUUGUAGCAAUCACGUCAACAACAAUCGCGUCGGAUGUGGUAGUAGUGCUGGCGGCAACAUUCGAGUUGAUGGUCGCGGUGGCUUAAGUUUAGCAACGGCCGGUGCCGGUAUACACAAUCACAACCAACACUAUCGAUCUCCACCGGUGGCCGUAAGUUCCUUAGGAUCUCCGUCAGCAGCCACACUCUCAUCACCGACGGCCUCUUCCUCUUCGUCUGCAUCCUCCUCCACCUCCUCCUCUUCCUCCUCCGCUUCCUCACCGUCACCGUUGGCGUCUACUGUCGCGCGACAAUCCGGUGUCGAUGCGAUCGUGCCGGGCUCAUCAGCUACCGGUUCGGUCGUUUCGGGAUCGAGUUCCGAUCCUGGACAUGCACCCUUCACGAUGUGACCGACCGUAAGUGGUGGUGGUGGACGUCGGACUGGCGGCAGUGCGGUCAGUAGUCUUUGAACCGACCUGAUCUCACUGCCCCAUAACACCUUCCUUCCGCCCUUCCGUCGGUCAACAGCUUAGUAGUCAUACCAGUUAUUUAGCUAAUCGAUGUCGUGAUACUAUUUGUGAUGAAGAGUUAAAAGUCCUGCGGUGGUGUUGCAAUGUAGGCUGGUCACCUUUGGUGUGCGAUAGGAUGAUUGCUGUUGUGCUGUGUGGUUGUGUCACGGUAGGCCUAUUGGGCAAUUAGUGUGAAGGUGCAUGGUGAGCAUGCGAGGUGUUUAUGAGCAUUGGAAAGGAACGUUUUGAAUAUGUUGGUAGAUAGAUAUUAUGCAGGUCACAUCGAUCGAAAAGGCCAAGUACAAAUCUUUACUCUACUGUGCCGAAUGUUAAUAGGUAUGAUCGUUUUCUGGAGCUUAUCACAAGCUUAAAGCAUCGUUUCGUGUGCAAAGUCUUCACGGAUAACAACUGUUACUGGGUCGAUGUUGGCCGACGAAUUGUAAAAACAAAAAUGUAUUGUGUGCGUGUAAUUAAUUAAUUAAUUGACCGAUACUAGUCAUUUGUAGCUUCAAUCUGAGGCCCGUCUUUGGUCUCUCCGCGUUCUAUUUGGCAAUUGUUGGCAAUUGACGUACUGAUCUAAUAUAGAUGAAUAAAUGUGUCCGAGGAUGAGUUGUCUCCGUGUUCGUCUGCGAUAAUUUUCCUUUCAUCAUACUUCUUCGUGGCUUAACGACCUACCAGUUCAUGCCCGGCCAUAUAAUGGCUUAUUGGACUUUUUUUUACCACAAUCAAUCCUUACUAGAGGAAUCGGUCGGUUUAGAUAAGAUUCGUUUCCCCGUCUUGGGUGUGUUAGACUCAACGACGAGACACGAGAUCUUGCGACUUUUUCUUUCCUGCAUGUGGCCAUGUUGUUGAAACAUUUUUGUCUUUUUGAACUUUUGUCCAGAUCUCGUGUACACGAGGAGUUUAGUGUGACUGCUGGUAAUGAAAGUAUUCUUGAAUGCAUCUUUCAUCCAGCGAAUGGUGUUCAAUGUCUGAAUGAGUCUUUAUGAUUUUUCGGUCAAAUCUACCUGAUGCUCCUUUCCAUGCAAUCUUCGCAAUUGUCACGUGCAGUCAAAUGUUGAACUCCCUGCAAUGCUUAAGUAAGUAAUAGAAGAUAUUAACAAUAAACAAACACGCAUUGGAUGAAAUUUACUCCGCCGACCAUGAACUUGUAUGAACCCAGUGAAAUCAAUUUAAUAGGAAGGUUAAGAAGAGAAUAGCAGAAAGCCGGGCGGGAGAAGAAACGAAAUAAAAGAAACAUUUAAAAUGGAAGGGAAAACCUGACAAAAAAAAGUAAAAACAAAGAAUCGAGCUGUACAUUUUAUGCGCGUAUCUUAAGAUUUCUAAGCAUAACUAAACUAUAACUAGAUUUUUAAAACAAACACCAUAGGUAAAAGGGGGAAGCGAAAAGCGAAAGGAUAAAAGAAACGUAACUAUGGAAAAUGGGGGACAGAUGGGUGGGCGGAAAAGGGCGUUGGAUCCUGCGAAAAAGGGAAAACAUAUUGUAAAAAACAAACCUAUAUUAUAAUAUCAUAAGCAAAAACAAAGUGUGCAACACUAAUACGUUAGGCAAGCGCGAAUAGAAGCGUAAAGGACACGGAAGCAAAACAAGAAAGCCUAUGUUUAUAAUUGAUCGUGCAAGUGAGAUAAUGGAAUAUACACACUAGGAAAGUGAAGUGCGCUAAAAACAAACCACUACCAGGUGCAACAAACCAAUGAAUAAAUGAACGGACGAGCGAAACAUGAAUGGCGCGUUUGGAGGUUCGAAAGAAACCAGCUCUCUCUGCCGCAACGAUCGCUGAAGGAUGCUAUGCUAUGAGCAGGUGUGUACGUGUGCCCGUUGUUUGUGUGUGUGUGUGUUCUUGUGUGUUUGUGGCGUGUGUGUGUGAAGAUUCGAAUGAUCUAGCAAAAAUGUUCUAUCUGUUAUAAGUUGUAUUAUUUAAGUAAAUCAAAUUUUCUCUGGAUGCGGUGACGAGACGACGACUGGUUAGGUAGCUAGAGAACGGGAUGAUGUGCUUUGCAUGCGUGUAUGUGUUUUUUGAAACAAAUUGAUAGCAAAGAGAGAAAGGAAAUAUAGGAAUUUCGAAGGAAGUGGAAUGAAUGUGACAGCUUAAACUAAAUUUAACAACAACAAACAAACAAAAAACUGGCAAUCCAAUCAAAGCUAGAUAUUGAUAAAUCAUAAACAAAAAUAAGUUCACACAGCUAAAAAUAGAAACAAAGCAUAGCAACACUAAGAAGGAUAGUAAAAAAAAAACACAUUUACACAAAAACUACGCAUUGUAAUAACUCUAUCGCGCCAAUCACACAACAGAAAAUGAGCUCGAUGAGAGUUGUAAACGAUCGAAUCAAUAGCCACAUUUUCUGCAAUAAUCACGAAAAAGAGAUAAUAACAAAAAGAACAUACCUAAAUACCGCAACUACUGCUACUACUAACACUACUACUAUCAUUACUGUUACUAUCAAUAUAUUGCGAAAUAUUACCAGAACUGCAGCGGAACGGCCACGUAACGGUACUGCGCUGUGCUUAUAAAAAAAAACAAUAGCCGCUACCAUUACCACUAACAGAUAACAAUACUACCGCUUCAACUAUACACAAUCGCAAACUGCAACUACAUUUUGUCACAAAUAUUCACACCAAGCAAAAGAAAGCUACAGAACAAAAAAAACUACAGUAAACUAAUGUCCUGAAACACGGGUUCAUGAACACGCAAAUUUUCCUCACCGUAAAAAAACAAUAAAUGAAAAUAGGAACAGUUUUAAAGAGUAUUAUAAGAGCAGCAGAAAACGAAAGCAAAAAGGAUGAGAAAUCCAUUACCACGCGCAACCACUUUCCACACGCUGCGCAAAUGCACAGCACCACCCGUCUAUAUAAUGAAAAGGAUACGAUUAGUUUGCUCAUUAUCUCAACUACACCGAAUAACUACUACUACUACUACUGUUAAUAGUACGAUCUAGCUAAGUAAUGUGUACUAUUAAAGCAAACUACCGAUACUGUAUAAUUGUGUAACUACUUUUUACGGAUUAAACAACGCAAAGUAAACUAUUGAACCGCACCAGGAAUCCACUACUACUACUACUACUACUACUUGGCUGGGAAUGUGUAAUCUUUCUAAUAGUAUGGAUGCGUAACGAAAAGGAAGAAAAAGGAAAACCCCGAUUUUAAAGCUAUUUUUAUGUUUAUUCGUAACAUUAUUAGUACUAUAAUUAUGAUUAUUAUUUUAAAAGCAUUAAAAAGAAAUCGUGAAACAGGCUAAAGGAUGGCAAAAAAGGAACAGAGUGCGACUUUAUAGAAGUUGAUAGAAGAAAACAAAAUUGUAAAAGGAAAGCAAACAAGCUGUUCGUCCAUAGAACGCGCCUAAAGGUAGGCAAGCGCAUUACUUCCUUUAACGUAACGGUGAAGCCUUCAUAAUGUUUCGCUCGUCGGUAGGUGAUUUAUACAGCGGAAAGGAACUGAACUUCUAACCCAGAUUGAGUGUGUGAUUGGGCGGGGUGGGAAGGGAGAAAUAUAUUUAUUUUAGCUUUUGUUUCUUAUUUUAACGACAAAAAACAUAAUGGAAAUGUUUUUUUUUUAGACAAAAGCGGUAGACCAUUGCCCGAAAGCGAGUGAGAGCGUGGUGUGUGGCAUGAGUGGCUUGAAGUUGGCUGAGAAAACGGUUCCAAACGGUUAGCAAGAUAAAUAAUGUGGAAUGGAGUGUAAUAAUUCGGGAAAAGGCUUUCCAACGCGAUAUAUAGUGAAUUGGAGACACGUGGAUCGCAUGUGACUGUCAGCAAGGUUGGAAAAUUAAGCGCACACACCAACACGUUCUAGCCUAACGUUAGUUCGUGUUGAAAGGUCUCGGGAGUGGCGUCAACUAGGUAAAAUGAACUCGUAACAAAGAGAAGAAGCGAAGAGGGGCGGGAAAACAGAUAGUGUAAGGUUGAGCGUGCGUAGUGAAAACGGAAAUGUAUGACAAAUUUGUGAUAAAUAUUUAUUUAACGAAUGAUUAGUAUCGACAUUUGAUGAUUCGAUGGUGGUCAGAAGCAUGUGCCAGGUUGUAGCAGCAGCAGGUCGUCAAACAAACAAAAAACACACCCCCAAACAAACAAAUAACAACACAACACAAGUUAGUAAAGCCAGAAAGCCAGACCAUGCCGAGCAAUUAUAGGAGGAAGAUAUAUAUUUUUUUAAUUUUGAUCAGAAAACUGUUUUACCUUUUGGGUCAAUAUUUGGAACGAAAGCUUUUCUGUGAAUGAAACAAAAAAAAAUGCAUUUCAUAAUCGGUGAACACACACUUAAAAUAGGUCCAAUCGCGUUUUAUUGUUUUCGUACCAACAGAUACUCGAAACAGAACGUAGAUACAAGCAUCAAUCUAAACCGUCAUUGCACAUCGUGCUGCAAUUGCAUGUAAGUGCAUAGCAUCAACAUAUUUAAUCGGCAUUCAACUUGCAACUAGGAAGGGACAACGGACUGGACUGGGUGGCGGUGAUGGUUGGUACAGUGUAAAAAAAACAUGAAAUCGAAAUGUGAUAAAGGAAGAGGGGAAUGGAAACGAAAAGUGUGUGCGUGUGUGUGUUGCUCACAGUGUGCUCUAAACAAAUGGUUAUUCAAGCAUUGUUGGGUGGCCGUUUGAAAGCUGGUGUUCAUUAAUUUAUUAAGAGAUACAGAACGAUACGUGGUCGGCACUCGGGUUCGAUGCAGGCUCUAGUUGUGUGCUUUGUGAUGAAGUGUCCAUUUUCAGCGAUAGCAGUGUCGAAAGAUCGAAUGGAUCUAGAAGAAGCAAACGAAAAGGGAAAGAGAAAUGCAACUUUAUGUCUGUCUGUCUGUCUGUCUGUUUCACUGUCUGUCUGUAUAUGUGCAAGUGCGAGAGCGGAAGGAACCGUAGUUGGCCUGUUUCGCUAAGGCGAUGUUUAAAUUUAUCCUAAUCGAAUAUGUUGUUUUUUUGAUAGAGUAGACUAAAUAAUGAAUUAAAUGCGUGUUUACGUGACGGGCUAAUCAACACAACACAAGAGAACAAUUUAGAACCGCAGUGGGGAGAUGCAUCCUAUGCGAACAAUUGGCAGACGAGAAGAGGAAAAAACAAAAAAGCAAAGGAGAAUGUAAAGAUGAACCAAAAAUUUGAAGUAAUUUAAAAAGGAAGCACGAACCGUGUAGCUGGUGAGUAAGCAAAAGUAAGUUCUUAUAAAUAUGAAUAUGAAAUGAAAACAAAACCAUACAUAUUAAGAUCGAACAUAAACUAAAGGAGAGAAAAUAGACAGCAAAAACAGUAACCAUGUAACGGACGCUACGUUACGCAAAACGUGAGCAGCAGAAGCACACCUCUUCACAACCCCACCGUAGGUGGCUUGGCUUGGUGUUUCAUUUUUUCCUUUUCUCUUACCUACUCCCUUGGCAAAAACCCUUGCCCCUUUACAAUCUGAUUUCAAACGUUCCUGAUUGUGUGUGUGUGCCCUCUCGCCACGGAAUGAACAGACGAGUGGCAUGUCCCCCCUGGCAAAGUGUGUUACGACCAUGUCGGUCAGUCAAACGCAAUAAGUGUCCAAUAGCUUUAUCCAGAAGUGAACCCCCCAACAAAAAAGAAGGAGAAAAAAAACAAUUGGGAAUUGAGAACUUGUCGCGUGUAGAUGUAUUUUGAUGUUAGUCGACAAAAACAAAACAAAAUAAAAACAACACGAAAGAAUAGCCCUACCUAAUGCUGACUUAUUAUUAGUCAUGAAAGCAACGAUCAGAUAAUGUUUCACUAGGGGUGGAAAUAGAAAACCGAGCGGCCGACAGAAAAUAAUAACGAUGCAAAAAAAAACACAACAAAA